AUGACCAACCAAAUCUCUCCUGCUGGCUCUCCUCGUCGCUCUGCUUCCACCAUUGGAUCUUAUUCGCAUUCUUUGGUCGAAGAGCCCCCUGCCUUGACAGCUGCGCAAAUCGCAUCAGCACACUUCGCCCGAGAACUGGCCUUGCAUGACUCUGAGUUCAUCACUACGCAGGUCGCGGUAAUCCUUCACGAUGCGUGCUACGGACACAGAUUUUCAAGACCAAAGACGACCAAGGCUAUGCUGAGCAUGAUUGUCGAGAGACCGGAGCGUAUUCUCGCUGCUGUUCUAGGACUUUCGGCUGCCUAUGUUCGCCUUGGAUCAAGGCAUUCGGGCGGACGUCAUGCUCCUCAUCCGGAUAAGCAACCUGAUUCUCGCAUCCCGUUCAAGAUCAGGAAGACUUCUCGCACAGUACCAUUGACUUCGCCUUUUGUAUCUGCUGUGCAUGGAACUGAGUGGAUGAAGGAACUCGAGACCAUGUGUAAUGUCGCGGGAGAGAGGCUAGAACAGCACAUGAAGGAAUUGGCCAGACCAGAUACCACAGGCUCGACCGCUGAGAAGCAACCAUUCCACGAGGGCGAUUUGUACCUUUGCUCAGAAUCACUCAAUGCGCUACAAGGUGCAAUUGGUGGUGUUUGCGAUGCUGUUGACACAAUCUUCUCCAGCAUCCCAACUUCUCCAAGGCGAGCCUUCGUUGCUAUCCGUCCGCCUGGUCAUCAUUGUUCUUCAGAUUUCCCUUCUGGAUUUUGCUGGAUUAACAAUGUUCACAUCGGCAUCGAAUAUGCUGCGCAGACUUAUGGUCUUACCCACGCUGUGAUCUUGGACAUUGACUUACAUCACGGUGACGGAUCGCAAGACAUUACGUGGGAGCGAAACAUGAAGAGUGCAAGGAUGCCCAAAAAUGCCUCGUUUACCAAGAAGACCGCCAUCGGUUAUUACAGCAUGCACGACAUCAACUCAUACCCAUGCGAAGAUGGAGACAAGGAGAAGGUCACCAAUGCUAGUCUUUGCAUUGACAACAUUCACAAUCAAUCUAUUUGGAACGUACAUCUGGAAGCUUGGAGAACCAUGGACGAGUUUUGGGCUCUGUACGAGACAAAAUACUCAAUUCUACUGGAAAAGGCUCGAACCUUCUUGAAAAGGCAUUCGCAGACGAUCAAGGAUUCGCACAAACAAGCACCACCCAGAGCUGCCAUAUUCAUCUCUGCUGGCUUUGACGCAAGUCAGUGGGAGGGUGCUGGCAUGCAGCGACAUGCAGUCAAUGUGCCUACCGAGUUCUAUGCUCGCUUUGCAAAGGACGUCACCAAGCUAGCCAACGAGGAAGGGACCGGUGUCAAUGGCCGUGUCAUUUCUGUAUUGGAAGGAGGCUAUAGUGACAGAGCUCUCUGCAGUGGUGUCCUCAGUCACAUAUCCGGACUCUGUCAGGAUCCCAGUGAAUCGGCCAGCAACGGGGUUGAGACUUCGCAUGCCGAUGAUGAUAUACUGAGCGCGAUGCAAAGCAUGAACAUCUCGAGUUCCGCCAACGGCUCCGCGCACAGUACACCUGAGUAUGAUCCGAACUGGUGGGAUGUCAAGAAUUUGCAAGCUCUGGAAACCCAUGUCGCCCCUCCUCCGCCACCAGUACUUACGAGAACCCAACGUACUGCUAUGCCUACAUACGCCACGCCAACUCAGUCAUUCGCAGGAAAAGUUGUUGACCCUCUGAAAUUCCAAAGAUCAAUCUCAGGCACAAUGCGACCGAUGUCGCCCAGACCUGCAGGCCCUAGAGAGCCAGCGGAAGUCAAUUGGAUCGUUGCUGUGCAUGAGCUGAGUAAACUAAUCAUUCCUUCAGACCGCCAAACAAGAAGUCAUGCGCCAGAAGAUCUUGCUCCAGUAAGAAUCAAGAAGGACAGGCUUUCUGCACCAGUCACUGUACAGGCAGAGCCAGUCGCUGGAGGAAGACAGCUCCGAACCAGAAAGCCA